AUGACUGCCACACCAAGAGAUGCAGAGCUGGCCAAAAGGAAGAUCUUUGAAUUGAAAGAUGCCGAGUCACAGACUCCGGAGAGGUUCUCAACAGGGUAUCAAACAGGUGUUCCAAUAGCUAUUGACUUUGGCUCUUCGACGAUUCGGGCCGGGCUGGUCACUGAAAAGGACCCCUUCCUGAACUUCCCGACGAUCAUGUCCAAAUACAGGGACCGUAAGACCGGUAAGUCGUCGGUAUACGUUGGUAAUGAUGUGCUGCUGGAUCCCUCAGUCAAGUCACAGGCCAGAUCGCCAUACGACGGGGCCUUUAUAACCAAUUGGGAUUACGUCGAGAAUAUUCUUGAUUAUACCUUCAGACAUCUCGGAGUUGACUCACAGGGCUUUGUUGAUAACCCAUUGAUACUCACUGAAAGACCGGGUGCCUCUCUUCUACAGAGAAAGGGGAUGUACGAAGUGCUGUACGAGUCGUACGGAGCUCAAAAGGUGUGCCUGGGAAUCGAUAGUUUGUUCUCAUAUUACCAAAAUGGUGGUAACAAUGGUCUUGUCAUAGGCACAGGCCAUGAAACGACACACGUCUUCCCCGUGAUAAACGGUAAGGCUGUGAUGUCUGAGUCCAAGAGAGUGAAUUGGGGAGGUCAUCAAGCUUCAAACUAUCUAAACAGUCUGCUUGCUCUGAAAUAUCCAUAUUUCCCUACAAAGAUAACCAGUUAUCAAGUCGAUAACAUGGUCAAAGACUUCUGCUAUGUGUCUAAGGACUAUCAAAAGGAGCUGAGCGACAUGCUUAAUCUCGACGUGCUGGAAGAGAAAGACAUCACUUGUGAAGCACCCUUUGUUGAAGUUGAAAAGCAGCAGAAGUCGCCUGAAGAACUGGCUCGUCAAGCUGAAAAGCGUAAAGAGAGUGGUAGAAGACUACAGGAACAGGCUCAACAGAAGAGAUUGGAGAAAUUGAUUCAAAAGGAACAAGAGCAUGAAUAUUAUACCCAACUGAAGCAGAAGUUGACCACCAUGAACAAAAAACUACAGGCUUCAACUAUAAAGGAUGAAGGCUUUGAAGACGAAAGAGACCUGAACAAAUACAUUGCAAGUCUCGAGAACUCGUUAAGAAGGGCCCGUAAGCAGGACGUUGGUGACGAGCCUGAGGAAGAGCCAACUUUCCCACUAUUGGAGGUUCCAGAUGACCAGUUGGAUGAAGAACAGCUCAAAGAGAAAAGGAAACAGAAGCUUAUGAAGGCAAACUAUGAUGCUCGCCAACGUGCUAAACAAGAGAAGGAAGAUGAAAAGGUCAGAGUUGCGGAAGAGGCUAAAAAGGAUGCAGAAUGGCGUGAGAACGACCUUGGUGGGUGGAUCCAUGACCGUCGUGAGAAGCUGAAAGCCAUCUUACAGAGAAGAAAAGAUAGACAGAAGUUGAAAGAACAACUAAGUGACAGGAAAUCGCUGGCUGCACAGAUGCGUAUGAAGAGUAUAGCAUCUUUAGCAGCAGACGAAACUGUCCGUUCGAGUGGUGCGAAGAGAAAGAGAAACGGUGCCACCAUCGACAACGAUCCUAACGAUACCUUUGGUGCUAAUGAUGACGACUGGGCCAUCUACAGGGAUAUCUCUACCGUGGAUGAUGAAGAGAUCAUUGAGGAGGAAGAUCAAGAGAUAUUAAAGCUGGAAAAGGAGCUUCUGGAAUAUGAUCCAAAUUUCACGGAGGAAGACACUCUAGAAGCACAAUUUGACUGGAGAAAGAGUAUCCUUCACAGGUUCCUUAGAGGCCCAAGACCGUUCAAUUCUGAGGAUUCACAUGAAAAUCAUCAAGUGCACUUGAACGUUGAGAGGAUUCGUAUACCAGAGGUUAUAUUCCAACCUACAAUGGCUGGUAUUGAUCAAGCCAGUGUUGUCGAAAUUGGUGAAAACAUCUUACUGAAUAGACUCAGUGGCAGUGGGUUUUCUGGUGACAGCUAUAACGUCCUACAGGAUAUCUUUGCGACUGGUGGUCAGGCCUUGUUCCAGAACUUUGAUGAUAGGCUACACUCUGAGUUCAAGUCUUUCCUACCUUCCGGGGCACCUCUCAAGGUUAGAUUGGCCAACGAUCCAUUGUGCGAUGCUUGGAGAGGCAUGGCCAAAUGGGGGUUGUCCGACGAAUCUAAGGAUAGCUACUUGACCAAAGCUGAGUAUGAUGAGAUGGGGCCUGACUACAUCAAGGAACACCGUCUCGGUAACGUUAACGUCAUACAAGAGUAA